AUGGCGGCUGUGCUAUUCGAGGAGGAUAGAGAGUCUUUCAAGCGUCCAGGCUUUAGAUGCCUGUCGGUGGCGGAAGACGUCUGCGGAAGCCUGAAGAUCAUCAGGUUUCGUGGGGUGACGACCGACUUCGGCGUCCGGACCCGCUUGCUGGACGUCGCCGAGUCAACUUCGAAGAUCGCACUGCACAAGAAGGAGCAGUUGGAAGCUUCAAUCUGGGAGUUUUGUGACCGCAGCCCUGAGCUGGUGGACACCUUCAAGAAGUCCGUUCAGCGGACCAUGGAGAUGUCGCUUCGGAGCGACAGCAGAAUCGACAAGUUGUUGACGGCUGUGGUCACCAAGUUCUCCUCUGAUUCUGGCACCGGCUACGGCUCCCUCGCCAGAGGCCUCGGCAAUAGCCCAAAGCUCAGGGGCCACUUCAAGGCUACUGAGCUGAAAGAGCUGGACGAAAUCGCCGAGAUCAAGCCGCUAUGCGAAAUUACUUCCCCAGACGAAUCCCAACCCGGUCCACCCAGAGAAUCCACUAAGGAACAGUGGCACUAA